GAACUUCAAACCAAAAUUUAAAUAUUAGAAUGCAUCUUCCCCUACCUAUGCUGAAUGCCUACUUGUGUGUGCCAUGCAAGCUACUUCAAAACCUCUUUGAAGAGCCACAAAAAUCCUGAAGUUAUUUUCUUCACAGCGAUGUCUCUGAGAGAUCUGAAAAACUCCCUCAAGUCCUGCACAUCAUCGUCAUCCUCUUCACACUGUAGAACAACAUUGACGUUGCCUUCAGACGAGCAAAGAAAGCCUCCCAAAACAUCAAUAAAACAGCAGCUUGCGGGACUCGAACAGCUCGCCUCCGACCUACAACUUCCCACAACUCCGUCUGCGCCUUCCAACGAUUCGCACGACGUCGCGGGUUCGAAACGCGGGGCUACUGACUAUUCUAUUGCGGGAACGGAUGACACUUUGCGGUCUGAGGGUUCAAAUGAUGAAGAAGAAGAAGAUAAGGAAAAGGGUUUGAUUUUGUUAAAGAAUGAGCAAGAGAAGGAUGUUUUGGGCGAAAUUGGGGACAGCGAAGCGGGUGUUUUCGUUCAACCCCAUACAGAAGGCCCGUUUGAGCCCCUCAUACUGGAUGACACGGCCGAAAAUGGCCCAAUUGUGCAGGUUCCCGCUUCAAUCAAUUGCAGACUUCUUGAACAUCAACGUGAGGGAGUAAAGUUCCUUUACAAUUUGUACAAAGAAAAUCAUGGAGGUGUCCUGGGAGAUGAUAUGGGACUUGGGAAGACUAUACAAACAAUUGCAUUCCUAGCCGCUGUGCUGCAGAAGGAACCAGAAUCUGAUAAUUUUAUUUGUGCUGGUGUUGAUGGGAAGAAGAAGCAGAAGCUUAUUGAAAAUAAAAAAUUAGUAUUGAUUAUUUGCCCCACAUCCGUCAUUCGUAAUUGGGAAAAUGAGUUUCAUGAAUGGGGAACAUUCAAUAUUGCUAUUUAUCAUGGUCCAAAUAGAGAACUUGUUAUAGGAAAAUUAGAAACCACUGGCGUUGAGAUUGUUCUAACAAGUUUUGAUACAUUCCGUAUUCAUGGUGACAGCCUGUGUGAAGUGCAAUGGGAAGUUGUGAUUGUUGAUGAGGCUCAUCGUUUGAAGAAUGAAAAAUCUCAGCUCUACAAGGCCUGUAAAAGAGUAAAAACUAAGAAAUGCUAUGGGCUUACAGGGACAAUUAUGCAAAACAAGAUUAUGGACUUAUUCAAUGUUUUUGAUUGGACUACUCCUGGAUGCUUGGGUUCUCGUGAACAUUUUCGGGAAUUCUAUGAUGAGCCUCUCAAACAAGGACAACGUAUAAGUGCACCUGAACGAUUUAUACAAAUUGCAGAGGAGCGUAAACAACAUCUGCUAUGUGUUCUACAGAAAUACCUGUUGAGGAGGACAAAGGGGGAAACAAUUGGGCAUCUUAUGAGGGGAAAGGAAGAUAAUGUUGUUUUUUGUGCUAUGAGUCCCUUGCAAAGGCGUGUUUACAAGAGACUACUGGAGAGUGCAGAUUUUCAAAGUCUUAUCUCAAAGGACUUACCUUGCAGCUGUGGAAGCCGUCUGACUCGAGUUGAGUGUUGUCAUAAGACAGUUCCUGAUGGAAUUAUCUGGUCUUAUCUUCAUCGAGAUAAUCCAGAUGGCUGUGAUUCAUGUCCUUUCUGCCUUGUACUUCCUUGUCUGGUAAAACUUCAGCAGGUCAGCAACCAUUUGGAGUUAAUCAAACCAAACACCAAGGAUGAUCCAGAAAAACAGAAGAAGGAUGAAGCGCUAGCGGUGGCUGUUUUUGAGAAGGAUGCCGAAUUGAUUGGUGGCAUUGCUCCAGAUGAGAGUUUCAUGGGCCUUAGUGAUGCACAGCAUUGUGGAAAAAUGCGGGCAUUGGAAAAGUUAAUGACAUCUUGGAUUUUACAGGGCGAUAAAGUGCUGCUUUUUAGUUACUCUGUCAGGAUGUUAGACAUACUGGAGAAAUUUCUUAUUCGUAAAGGAUAUUGCUUUUCUCGGCUUGAUGGUUCAAUUCCCAUGAGUGCUCGACAGUCUCUUGUUGACAAUUUUAACAACAGUCCAAGCAAGCAGGUUUUCCUUAUAUCCACUCGAGCUGGUGGGCUAGGACUAAAUCUUGUUAGUGCAAAUCGAGUGGUCAUAUUUGAUCCAAACUGGAACCCUUCACAAGACUUGCAAGCCCAAGAUCGGUCUUUCCGUUAUGGGCAGAAAAAACAUGUUACAGUAUUUCGUUUGCUAGCUGCAGGUUCCCUAGAAGAGCUCAUAUAUACACGUCAGAUAUAUAAACAACAACUUUUCAAUAUUGCUGUUUCGGGCAGUCUUGAAAAGCGCUACUUUGAGGGUGUCCAGGACUCAAAAGAGUACAAGGGGGAACUUUUUGGCAUCAGUAAUCUUUUCCGUGACCUGUCUGACAAGCACUUCACUAGUGACAUUGUUGAACAGCAUGAGAAAAGAUUGCAAGGCUUUGAGCAUCAUAAUCAUGUGGCAAAGGGCCAACUAGCAGUCAGGGCCGUGGAUCAAAAGAUGGGCAUAAUUGCGAAUAUCAAUAGCAUUGUAUCUGUGGAAAAUAAAGAAACAGAUCCUCCAGUCUGUGGACAAAAAGAUGGUAAAGAAAAUGAGAAGAUUCUAGGGAAGGGUAGUCAAUGCAAAAAUUUGCCAAAGCUAGCAGACGUGCUAACUGAUGCUGGACACAGGUUUAAGCCAUAUGAGAGGAUGGUCCAUGAGCUUAUACACUCUCUUCACUCUAGCAAAAUGAAAGGUGUCAUUUAUGCACAUCGGAAUGAAGAGGUUGUGAACAUAGGAGCCCAUAAUCUGGAGAAUACAGUUGAAGACAAACAUCUUAAGCAAACUGAGAAAGGGGGAUAUGUCUCUGAAAGAGGAAACCAUUCUAGGAUAUCUUCUGAAAACAUUCAUCACAAGCCAACUCGGAGCAAGCGCCAGCCUGACAUGGCCAAUCAAAAGGGAAAGGUAAAGAAAAAACAUACAAUCAGUGGGAAAAUCGGAGGAAUAUCUGCAGAAAAUAUGGAUAAGACGAAGCAAUAUAGACUCAUGGCUCAGUUUGCGAGCAUGACAGAACUUCAAUUUAGUAAAUGGUUACUAUCGGCUUCACCACCUGAGAGGGACAAAUUUCUUGCAGAUUUCAAAUUAUGGAUGCAAAGCAAUAAGCGUUGAAUUACAACUGCAAAUUUGUGAGGAAAAAUGUAAAUACUAAUCUUUGCUCCUCCAACAAGUACUACAAGAUUUCUGAGAGUCAGGGAAGGAGUUGAAACAGUUUCCGAAGUUGCUGUAAUAUUCUUCACUGCGAUUGGUGGGACUGACAAUCGAACAAGAUGUAUGUUUGUUGUAUCUAAUCCAACUUUUUAAGUUGAAGGUUGGACAGAAAUAAGGAAGGUUCUGUAGCUGCUCAUAAAAAGGUUUUCUCUUGAAGAACAUCUCAUGGCCUGUGCUGUAUGCUAUUUAUAAUAUACUUACAAAAUGUUUAAUCCAUUUUCUGUGCAAUAGAGGUGUUCAAUAUUACACUAGCA